CCGCAUGCAUGAGUGCGCUUUCGUCAUUUCCGGGACGCGGGAGGCCCGCUGUGACAACUGCUGGAGCCACAAUAACAAGAGUCCGGGAGAGAGAGAGAGAGAGAGAGAGAGAGAGAGGGGGUCUUCCCUUGUGGGUCGCCUGGCUUGAGGACUCGGCACGGACACACAGGCAGCUUGGAAGUGCAGUGUUGUCUUCUCUGCCUCACCUCUGUGGGUGUCUGGCUUCCUUGCCACUUUGGCCUCACAGACGGGGAGGCCCAGCAGUAGCUGCAGCAGAGUGGAAGAUGGAGGACGAGGGUGGGCGCAGCUUCAUGCAGGUCAUCAGUGAGAAGUACAGCCCAGAAAACUUCCCUUACCGUCGGGGUCCAGGGAUGGGUGUUGUGGUGCCACCUGGCCCUCAGGGCUCCCCAAUGAAAGACCGCCUCAACCUCCCAAGCGUUCUAGUUCUGAAUAGCUGCGGAAUCACAUGUGCUGGAGAUGAGAGUGAAAUUGCUGCUUUCUGCUCACAUGUUUCGGAGCUGGACCUGUCUGACAACAAGCUACAGGACUGGCAUGAGAUCAGCAAGAUUGUGUCCCAAAUUCCACAUCUCGACUUCCUUAACAUUAGUUCCAAUCCCCUGCAUGAGGCUGUGCUGGAUCGGGAGUGCGCAGAGGCCUUUGUGGGAGUGCGACGUCUCGUCCUUAAUAACACCAAAGUGUCAUGGAAGACUAUGCACAUCCUCAUCAGCGAGACCCCAGAGUUGGAGGAACUGUUCUUGUGCCUUAAUGAAUAUGAUGCUGUGCCCACCUGCUCUGUCACCUGUCCUACCCUGCGACUGCUUCACAUAACUGACAACAACCUACACGACUGGAAGGAGGUGCGCAAGUUUGGGGCUAUGUUUCCUGGACUGGACACCUUGGUGAUGGCCAACAAUCACUUGAAUGGGAUCGGUGACAGUGGUGAUACAUUAAGUAGGCUUUUCCCCAGUUUGCGCUCCAUCAAUCUACACAACUCAGGUUUAAGCAACUGGGAGGACAUCGAGAAGCUGAACUUGUUCCCAAAGCUGGAGGAGGUGCGGUUGCAAGGCAUCCCUCUACUGCAGACCUACACUAAUACAGAGCGAAGGAACCUCAUAAUUGCUCAUUUGCCUUCUGUUUCUGUACUAAAUGGCAGUGUGGUAACAGACGGUGAGAGGGAAGAUGCAGAAAGAUUCUUCAUCCGCUAUUAUUCAGAUUUUCCAGAGGAGGAGCAACCAUGCAGGUACAAGAGCUUGGUCAAUAAGUAUGGAAAACUGGAACCACUAGCCGACAUUGACCUUCGGCCCCGUUGCAAUGCCAAGGUAGAGGUUCACUUUGAAGGCAAAGUGGAGGUGAUGAGUAUUCGAUUGGAUCAGACGGUGGCCGAGCUAAAGAAGCAGCUUCGUACAGUGGUGCAGAUGUCCACCAACAGCAUGCGGCUCUACUACAUUGACAAGGAUGUGGCAAAUGCCUUCGGGCCAGAGGAGAUGAAGUAUAGUACACGAGCCCUGCACUCUUACAGCAUCAGAGAUGGCGAUGAAAUUCUUGUGGUGCCCAAAACCAAGCUAGAUCAAGUGAUCACACAUUUCUGCAAGUAUCCAGUGAUAAUGUUAACCCAGAGGUCCCAGGCCAGCUGGAUCUAUGUUGCUUUCCUACUUGCACCCAAAACAGUCCUCUGCCAGGACAUCCUGUACCCUUUUGGACUUGCACACAGAGACACAGAAACUCCUAAGAUGGAUGAUGGUAGUUCUGCUGAGAUCCCUCUUCUAAUUCAGUUCAUUUUCUUCAAUAUGCCCUACCGUUCCAUCUUUGUGAACAAUAAUGGUGUGAUUUCCUUCAAUGUGCAAGUGAGUCAGUUCACCCCAGAGGCCUUCCCACUGACUGACAGCCGAUCCUUUAUUGCACCCUUCUGGGCAGAUGUGCACAAUGGAAUUCGUGGCGAUGUGUACUAUCGUGAGAGCACCCACCCGGAUAUCCUGCAGAGGGCAACACUUGACAUUCGGAAAUAUUUUAAGAACAUGGUCUCCUUCACAGCAACAUGGGUGUUCAUUGCCACAUGGCAUCAAGUCACCUUCUAUGGGGGCAGCCAGACGACCCCGGUAAACUCCUUCCAAGCUGUGCUCAUCUCUGAUGGAGUUGCUUUCUUUGCCAUGUUCAACUAUGGGGACAUCACCUGGACGACUGGGACUGCAAGUGGUGGAGAUCCUCUAACUGGUCUGGGUGGGACAGCUGCACAGUCAGGAUUCAAUGGUGGAGACGUCAACCAUUUCUUCAACCUGCCAGGAUCGCGUUCCAAUGAAAUAGUGAACAUUGAACAGACCACCAACGUCAACCUGCCUGGCCGAUGGCUCUUCCGCAUUGAUGGGGAUCAGAUUGACCCAGCCAAUGGAUGCAGUCUCAAUGGUCGAUUCUACAGACGUGGAGAGAUCUUCUGGCUUUCAGACCAGUGCUCCCAAAAAUGUCGCUGCCUGGACGUAGAAAAUGAAAUCCAAUGCCAGGACCUUCCAUGUGGGCCACUGGAGACUUGUGAGCUCUAUGAAGGGGCUUACCACUGCCAGCCUACACGCACCAGCACCUGUGUUGUUUUUGGUGACCCACAUUACCACACUUUUGAUGGCUUCCUGUACCACUUCCAAGGUACCUGUUCGUACUUGCUAGCUCGACCCUGCUGGGACACACUGGGGCUUCCCUUCUUCAGUGUAGAGGCCAAAAAUGAAAACCGUGUUGGCACCUCUGUGUCUUGGCUGCGUGAUGUCCGGAUUGAGGUCUAUGGACACCACAUUGUUCUCCCUAAGGGCAGCCUGGGUCAAGUGCAGGUUGAUGGCAUCCUGAAAACCCUUCCAGUCCAGCUAAUGUUGGGGGCUGUUCGUAUUUAUCAGAGUGGUGUGGCAGUAGCUGUGGAGACAGAUUUUGGUCUACUAGUAACAUAUGAUGGACAACAUUAUGCAUCAAUUUCUCUACCCAGUUCCUACUUCAACAACACCUGUGGACUCUGUGGGAAUUACAAUGACAACCCUGGUGAUGAUCCAUCCCUUCCUGAUGGAACACUGGUGGAGAAUGUGGCAGAACUGGGUGGAGGCUGGCAGGUGGAGGACACUGACUGGCGCUGUACUGAUGGCUGUGCAGAGAACUGCAGCCUCUGCGAUGCUGCCACUGAAUCCUUCUACUUCCGGCCUGAUUACUGUGGCAUAAUCAACAAAACAGAUGGCCCAUUCCGAGACUGUCGGGCUGUGGUGGACCCCACUGCAUUCGUCUAUAGUUGUGUCUAUGAUAUGUGCAGCAACCGUGACAAUAUUACCACACUUUGUCAAGCAAUCCAGGCAUACGCUCUGGCCUGCCAGGCCCUUGGAGUCACAAUCCGCUCCUGGAGGUCACGCACAUUCUGUGCUCUCUCCUGUCCUGAAUUCAGCCAUUACCAGGUAUGUACAAGCAGCUGUCCCCCAACAUGCUCAGAUCUGACAUCACAUCUAUAUUGUAUGCACCCCUGUACAGAAGGCUGUGAGUGUGAUGAAGGCUACAUUCUCAGUGGCAACCAGUGUGUACGAAAACAAGACUGUGGCUGUGAACAGGAAGGUCUUUACUAUCUUCGCAAUGAAUCCUUCUGGGCUACACUGGACUGCACUCAGCGCUGUGUCUGUGGAUCAGAGGGGGCCAUUUUGUGCUUUAAUGAUUCUUGUAUGGAAGGAGAAGUGUGCUCUACAGAGAAUGGUGUGUUGGGCUGCCACCCCCGACGUGAAGGAGUCUGCUCCGUUACCCAGAACCAGGUUCUGUCCACAUUUGACAGAGCUACUGUAUCCUUUUUGGAUGAGAGCUCCUAUUAUCUGGUAAAGAUGUGUGGUCCUGGGAUCACCAAUUUGUCAUCUAUAGAAGUCAAGAUUGGGCGUCGGCUGGUGAACAAAGGCCCUUCUUGGCUUAAACCUGUCAUUGUCCGGGUGAGCGACCAGGAGGUGCAGCUUGGGGGGGCCAGCUUUGAUAUUGUAAAGCUGAAUGGGGAGAGCACUUUGUUGCCCUACGUGCACCCAUCCAACAUACUGCUGGUGUACCGUGCCCCUGGCAAUGUGACUAUGCUUGAGUAUAAUGGUCUAUUGAAGGUGCGCUAUUCACGCCAGGGUCUGCUGAAUGUUACUCUCUCCACCCUUUUCUACAACUCCACUUGUGGCCUAUGUGGGUACUUCAAUGGCAACAGUUCUGAUGAACUACGGCUGCCCAACGGGAAGCUAACAGACAAUACUGAGACAUUUGCUGAAAGCUGGCGAGCCAUCGCUGAUGACCUCACAUGCAAUGGGGACUGUGAUGACCUGUACCGCAUGUGUGUGGACCUACGCCUCUACCAGAGUUCCUGGUUGUGUGGAAACAUCAAUGAUCCAAGCAACAGCUCCUUCCAAAACUGCCACACAGCUGUCAGCCCCUCACCCUUCUUCCGCAACUGUCUUUACAACAUGUGCGUGCGCAGCGGCAAUCACUCAGCACUCUGCUCUUCACUGCAAGCAUAUGCAUCUGCCUGCCAAGAUGCCCAAGUCUCCUUAGGCCCAUGGAGAAGUGCAACUGGUUGUCCACUUCCAUGCCCUGAGAAUAGCCAUUUUGAGGAAUGUACAAGUGCUUGUCCAGUUACCUGCACCAAUCUGGAGCCUCCAGCAUUAUGCCCAAUGCCUUGCUCUGAAGGCUGUCAGUGUGACGAAGGCUUUGCUUUAAAAGAUGGCCAGUGCAUACCAAAAACUGACUGUGGCUGCCAGUAUCGAGGACGCCAGCUGUCCACAAAUGAAACUUUCUGGGUCGAUUGGGAGUGCCAGGAAUUUUGCUACUGCAACGGCUCUGACAACACUGUGUACUGUGAGAAUAUCCCCUGUCGUGCUGAAGAGUACUGCCUAGAGGAUAGUGGUCUAUACUUCUGUCAGCCACGAACAGAAGCAAUAUGCAUGACAGCAGGCUAUGGCCACUUCUUGCCUUUUGGUGGAGAGUCUUUUGAUCUGCAAAGCAGUUGCACUCUCCAGCUGGCUACUACACAAUGUGGAGAAACAGUAAGCGAGAGAGAGGACCUGGACAAGACAGACAACCUGCCAGAGUUCCGUCUGUCAGUGAGGAGUGAGGACCGAGAUACUGGUCAGGCAAUAUGGAUCAAAGGAUUUACACUGGAGGUGUACAAUUAUGAGAUCUUUGUGUCCAGGAAUUACAAGCACACAGUCACGGUCAAUAAAGAACGCUUGUACUUGCCUCUAAAGCUGGGCCCAGGGAAGGUGAACAUUUUCACAUUUGGCAUGCACCUGGUGGUGGAGACGGACUUUGGUUUGAAAGUGGCUUUCGACUGGAAGACUUUCCUUUCAUUAGCUUUGCCUCGAGAUCUUUAUAAUUCCACAUGUGGAUUAUGUAGUGGACUGCCACCAACCCCAGUGGGACUUACUCCAAAAGAGUUUGGCAUGGCUUGGGCAGAGCGGGACCCUUUCUGUCGAGUAGGUUGUGGAGAUGCCUGUCCAGGCUGCAAUGAUUUAGAAGGGCCUGGAAUUGAAAAUGGCUUUGGGGAUUUUAAUGGUGCAAUCGACAAUGGGCAAAGCAAUGGCAGCCCUGACCCAGAGACACUAAGACUGUGCAGUUUGAUAGUGGAUCGGGGAGGAGUAUUCAGAAGAUGCCAUAGCAAGGUGGCACCAACCUUUUUCUACCAGAGCUGUGUACAGGAUGCUUGUGUGGAUCAUGGUGCCUUGCCAACUGUCUGUAACUGGCUGCAGAUCUAUGCAAGUACUUGCCAAACACAGGGUAUCCCUGUCAUUGGCUGGAGAAACUUCACUCCUUGUGCCCUCACUUGCCCUCCAAAUAGCCAUUAUGAGAGCUGCAUGUCAAUGUGUCAGCCACAGUGUGCUCCUGCUCGAGGAAGCCGGGACUGUAAUCACUAUUGUGUAGAGGGCUGCCAAUGUGAUGAAGGUUUUGUCAUAAACGGAAAGAGCUGCAUUCUCUCCCAGAACUGUGGUUGCUACACAGAUGGCAAGUACUAUGAGCCCAAACAGCUUUUCUGGAACAGUGACUGCACCAAGCGUUGCCAGUGCAUUGGUCGCAAUCUGAUUCAGUGUGACCCACGACGGUGUAAAUCUGAAGAGGAGUGUGCGCUCCGUCAUGGAGUGCGGGGAUGCUUUAGCCGGAAGAGCCAACACUGCAUUGCCUCUGGAGGUGGUGUUUUCCGGACUUUUGAUGGGGCUUUUCUCCGUCUUCCAGCUGCCUGCUCUUUUGUCCUUUCAACCAUCUGCCAUAAGUUACCUGAACUCUCCUUCCAGCUGAUUGCCAACUUUGACAAGUGGUCGUACCCAAACCUUACUGUGAUCUCUCAUGCCUACCUAUACAUUAAUGAAGAAAAAAUCCUCAUCUCUGGGAACACUGUUAAGGUAAAUGGUACUCCUGUGUCAGUUCCUUUUGUGACGGGCCUGAUGACAAGAGUCUCCAGUUCUGAAGGAUUUUUAGUGAUUGACACUGUACUAGACAUCCAGAUCCGUUACAACCGUUUCAAUGUUUUGCGAAUAAGUAUUGGAGAGAGGCUUCAAAACAAGGUGUGUGGCUUAUGUGGGAACUACAAUGGUGACCCCACUGAUGACUAUAUUACAUCCCGAGGAAAACCUGCUGUCAGUGGGCUAGAGCUUGCCCAGAGCUGGAAGACCAAUGGCAUGCAAAACAGCUGUGACGAGAUGCAGUAUGUGGCCCUGGCACAGACCUGUGACAACACACAGAUCAGGAAACUACAAGCAGAUGACCACUGUUUAAAGCUGACGCUGAUGAAAGGGUUUUUCCAGCCCUGCCAUGGCCUGCUGGACCCUGUGCCCUUCUAUGAAUCCUGCUACCUGGAUGGCUGCUACAAUGACCCUAAGGUCCAGGUCUGUGGCUCUCUUGCAGCUUAUGCAGAGGCUUGCCGCUCCUUUGGGACACUCAGCACCAAGUGGAUUGUACAGGAGAAUUGCUCAGAAUGGAUCUAUGAUCCCUGCAUGGGAGAAGUAUGCACCAAUAACACGUGUGAGCAGGAAAAUGGGGGUGAUCUCUGUGGUUGCCCUGAGCUACAGGACACAGGGAAUGGUGAAGAUGACAUUAUCCAGGCUGAAGUGACAUGCAAGCACUCCCAGAUGGAAGUGUUCAUUUCCAAAUGCAAGUUAUUUCAACUGGGUUUUGAGAGAGAAGAUGUCCGCAUCAAUGACCAUCACUGCCCUGGCAUUGAAGGAGAGGAUUUCAUCUCCUUCCAGAUCAACAACACAAAGGGGCACUGUGGCUCCAUUGUGCAGUCCAAUGGCACUCACAUCAUGUACAAGAACACAGUUUGGAUUGAAAGCAUUAACAACACAGGCAAUGUAAUCACCAGGGACAAAACCAUCAAUGUGGAGUUUUCUUGUGCAUAUGAACUGGACAUUAAAAUCUCACUGGAGACAGUGGUUAAACCGAUGCUGAGUGUUAUUAAUCUCACUCUGCCAACGCAAGAAGGAAGUUUCAUCACUAAAAUGGCACUGUAUAAAAACUCAUCAUACCGCCAUCCUUAUCGGGAGGGUGAAGUUGUGCUGACUACACGGGAUAUCCUCUAUGUAGGGGUAUUUGUGGAAGGUGCAGACCAGCAUCAGCUCAUUCUCAUUGUCAACAUGUGCUGGGCAACACCAUCACGGGACAGUAGUGACCGCCUACGAUACAUCAUCAUUGAGAGAGGGUGUCCAAACAUUAAGGACAAUACCAUUGAAAUGGAGGAAAAUGGAGUCUCGCUCACCUGUCGAUUCCACGUCACUGUGUUUAAAUUCAUUGGUGAUUAUGAUGAGGUUCACCUGCACUGUGAUGUUUCUCUGUGUGACUCUGAAAGAUACUCCUGCAAGGUGAAUUGUCCUCAUAACUCAAGGAUGUAUUCUGAAUAUGGCAGCCAGCAUAAGGAGCAAAUACUGUCUGUGGGACCUAUCCGGAGAAAAGAGUCUGACUGGUGUGAAGAGAACAAUGGCGGGUGUGAACAGAUUUGUACAAGCAUGUUUUCAGGGCCUCUUUGCAGCUGUGUCACAGGGAUGCUACAAAGAGAUGGCAGAAGCUGUCGAGCCUCAAGUUCAUCCAGCAAGCCACAGUCUGUACCCUUAAUGCUGGUUUUCAGUCAGAUUGCAGGCUGGCUGCUAGUCCACACACAUUCUGUCAAAUUGUAACACUGCAGGAGCGAGCAAAAGAAAGAAUCAAAAUGCAUGUGAGAAACAGAGAGAGAGAGAGACAGACUGCUAGGAGAGCCUAGAGAUUCAUGAGCAACCAACACUUCUACUGUUACUCAGCUGAAACCUACAGAAGCAAGACCCUCAAGCAAAGCAGCAGGCUGGAACCAUGAACUGUUAGAUGCCAACCACCCACCCAAAAUCUCCUGUGAUUUUUUAACGUUUCAGAAGGACUUUCUCUGUAUGGGCUAAGGGCUGUUCUGAAAAUCCAAUACCCAUAUUUUCUUGAAAUUGCCAUAUUUGCCUGUGUGCUUCCUUGCAGCCAAAAAAAGAAGAUGGUUUGUGCUUGGCUUGGCAGCUUUCACUAUUUAGAAAAUGCCUGGCAUGCUCCAGGUGUUAAAGUCUGUGGGUUAUCACUUAAGAAGACAUAAAAAAAUAGGUUUCUGAGUCAUCUGCUUUGUGUGCAAACUGUCACUAAGCAAUCUGGAGGCUUUUGCUAUGGGGGAAUUCAUUUAGCAGUGAACUGCCUUAGUCACUUUUUUUAUCUUGCAUUGAAUUAUAAAGCAUGGAUACUAAAAUUAGUGAUUUAAAUUAUAUGGAUAGAAAUGUGUUGCCUUUGUAACUCUUAAUAAACCAAUUGCAAGAAUGUGUAAGAAAUUAUAUGUGAGCUUUUAGCUAAAGCAGCCCUACAUCUUUUUGUUCAUUGUAGUUUUCAUUUCUAACUAAAUCUGCGAUAUGCCAAGCAAAUGAUCACUUUAUAAUUCAUAAUUUGGCCAUAGUUAGCCACUUUCAUUUACAAGAAAUACAUCCAUCCAUCCAGUAUCCAACCCACUAUAUCCUAACUACAGGGUCAUGGGGGUCUGCUGGAGCCAAUCCCAGGCAACACAGGGCGCAAGGCAGGAAACAAACCCCGGGCAGGGCACCAUCCCACCACAGGGCGCGCACACACACACGGGACAAUUUAGAAUCGCCAAUGCACCUAACCUGCAUGUCUUUGGACUUUGGGAAGAAACCGGAGUACCUGGAGGAAACCCACACAGACACGGGGAGAACAUGCAAACUCCACACGGGUCUUCUAACUGAGUGGCAGCAGCUCUACCCACUGCGCCACCGUGCCGCUCCCAAGAAAUACAUUUGACAGAAAAUUCCAAUGCUAAAAAAUAAAGUAGAAGCAGAAGAGUCUAAAUAAAGCAAAAAUCAAGUUGAAUUUAACAGUCAAGUAGCAAGUCACAGUAUUCAAAGACUACAGUAGUGCACCUUUGUGUUGUGAAUAGGCUAAUCAAAAUGAAGCACCAAACCACUACAUCUUAUUUUGCUCCUAACUACCCCUACCCACACAUAUGCCUAGGCAUCUCUUAGUUUAUUUAAUGUGAGCCUUCCAAAGUUUUCCCAAGAUUCCUCCAAAUUCAAUAUUUUAUUCCCAGCAUGAAACCUUUUUUUUCCCACAGCGUGACAACUGAAAUCAUAUGAAGCUGAUUGAAUUUGUGUUUCAAAGCCUCACUAAAUCCUUAGUCGGUUUAGUGUGACCCCUUUCUGAAAAUCCAUAUCUGAAGCACCCAUAACCCCAACAUCUUGAAUAUAACCUUUUAUUACUACCACAGUAUUUUCAAAAAAUGUAUUCCUUCUAUGAAACUACAUUCCUACCUGACGUAUAUAUCCUUGUUUCUUUGUUUGUUAACUUAAUUUACUACUUCUGUUAUUAAGAGAUAACCAUAGUACUGUUUCACUCUUUUUCCCUCUUGGUUUUGUAAAUCAGCUUUCUGACAAUAGUCAACGCAAAAACUAUUUUAGAAAAGUGAAUGAUUUUAUAGCACUUUUUUUCCCAAACUUUCAUUUUUAGUUGUAGAUAAAAAUAAUAGCAAACAAAUAAAAUAAUAAAAGAUAUUUGGAAUUAUUUGAAUACUGUUUGGACACGGGGCGUUUAACUACAAGAGACUGCUGCAGUUCUUGACGUGCGCUUUUGGCUAAGCUGAUUUUUUUUCUGCACUGCUUUA